AACGAUGAUCAACGACCAGAUGGGCUCUAGGUCCCGAGUCCUGCGCGGACAUUGUUUUCUGAUUGACAAUCACCUCUUCGCUGUAAUGCUCUAGAUCUGGCGGACCUGGACAUGUUGCCUUUCCCCAAGGAGAUCUUCUAUCAAACGCCGAUAUCUCGAAGAGCUUUGAGCGGUGAGAAGCUGGGAAAUCUGACAGAGUUCCGCAGACAGCUUCCCUGUGUGGGGGGUUCCUGCGCCAUGCCGCACUCGAACCGCAGACUGUGGAGAUUCUCGCCAGCCGAUACGUGGGAUGGGCGCCCCGCUGUCCUGUUGAGAAAGCGUCCCACGGUCCUCUGCGUUAUAAGGGCUGGUGCGCCGCUCAUGCAAAAUUGUGCAGCCCCCUUCGUGCAUCCGCCAUGCCCACCACAGAGCAAGCUAAGGAUCUCGGCAAACGUGUCAUCGGCUACCAGGACGAUGUCCCUCCCGCCAUCGACACGGUCGACUGGCUGAAGGCCAGCGCAGGGAAUCCCAUGCAGUCGGUUACGCGUUAUGUGACCAGCCUGUUCCCCAUUCUAAGCUGGCUUCCCCGCUACAACCUGGGGUGGUUCUACGGUGAUGUCGUCGCUGGGAUCACCGUCGGAAUGGUGCUCGUGCCGCAAGGCAUGUCCUACGCUCAGAUCGCAACCCUGAGUCCGGAGUACGGUCUGUACUCCUCGUUCGUUGGCGUCCUCAUCUACUGCAUCUUCGCGACCUCCAAGGAUGUAUCUAUCGGACCGGUGGCUGUCAUGUCUCUCACCGUCGCUCAAAUCAUACGAGAGGUCGACGCGGCCGCCCCAGGAGUGUUCAGCGGCCCACAAGUGGGCAAUACCCUGUCCUUCAUCUGCGGAUUUAUCGUUCUGGCCAUCGGCUUGCUCCGCUUGGGAUGGUUGAUCGAAUUCAUCCCUGCCCCUGCGGUGGCCGGUUUCAUGACGGGCUCCGCCAUAAGCAUCGCCACUAGUCAGCUUCCGGGACUAUUUGGUCUUUCCGGAUUCGACACUCGCGCGGCAACGUACCAUGUCAUCAUCGAUUGCCUCAAACACCUCCCUAAGACGAAGAUAGACGCGGCCUUCGGUCUCCCGGCGCUUAUAUUCCUUUACGCCGUGCGCUUUGGCUGCGAAAAACUCAGUAAGCGGUGCCCUCGCUUCAGUCGUGUCAUAUUCUUUAUUUCGGUUCUACGCAAUGCCUUUGUCAUUUUGGUUUUGACGAUCGCGUCCUGGCUGUAUACGCGGCAUAGGCUCGGUCCCAGUCAAGACGCGUCCCUCUCACCUAUCAAAAUUCUGGGCGAAGUACCGCGCGGGUUCCAGCACCUUGGACGUCCCGACAUCGACCCCGAACUAAUCAAGGUGCUGGCCAGCGAACUGCCCGUGGCGACAAUCAUCUUGCUGCUCGAGCACGUCGCGAUCGCGAAGUCGUUCGGUCGUAUCAAUGGCUACAAGAUCAACCCCAACCAGGAGCUUAUUGCUAUCGGUGUGACGAACACUGUUGGCUCCUGCUUCGGUGCUUAUCCGGCUACGGGAUCUUUUUCUCGUUCUGCGCUCACAGCUAAGUGCGGUGUUCGCACGCCUGCGAGUGGACUCGCUUCUGCUUUGGUCGUCCUUGUUGCACUAUAUGGCCUUACUCCGGCAUUCUUUUGGAUCCCAUCGGCUGCACUCUCUGCGGUCAUCAUCCACGCCGUCGCCGACUUGGUCACGUCGCCCGCUCAGGUAUAUCAAUACUGGAGGAUCUCUCCUGUCGAAUUCGUCAUCUGGGUCGCAGCGGUCCUGUGCACGAUAUUCGCCACCAUUGAGGACGGCAUCUACGUUGCCAUCUGCGCCUCAUUGGCGUUCCUCUUGAUCCGCGUUGCUCAUCCUCGCGGCAAGUUCUUGGGCAAGGUCACUCUGAGGAGCGACUCCGACGGCGAUGAAAACAGGGAAGUCUUUGUUUCUCUAGCCGACGAUGGUAUCAAGAACCCGGCCGUUUACGUCUCGCCCCCCGCGCCCGGCGUCAUCGUCUAUCGUUUCGAGGAGAGCUACCUCUAUCCGAACCAGCACAUCUUCAACUCGGCGCUCGUCGAUUACGUUCAGGAGACGACCAGGCGUGGCAAGGACCUCUCCACUGUCAGCUACGCCGACCGCCCCUGGAACGACCCAGGUCCCAAGAACGGCUCCACAAGCGCGGACGACAAGCAGUUGCCUCUUCUACGUGCCAUCGUGCUUGACUUCUCCUCCAUAUCGCACAUCGACACCACUGCGGUUCAGACGCUGAUCGACACGCGCGCCGAGAUCGAGCGGUGGACGGAUAGCCCCGUUGAGUUCCACUUUGCCACCAUCACCUCGCCCUGGGUCCGCCGCGCUCUCAUCGCCGGCGGUUUUGGCUUCAGUCGCGAUGGUGCCCAUGUCCCCCACGAAAUCGCACCGGUCGUCCCAUACAGAGACAACGAGUCGCGGACUGAGACUUUGACCUACGGCAAGGAUGAUUUGGAAUCGGGAGGCAAGAACGGGAAGUCCAUUGGGGAGAUCACGGAGGUUCCCGUAUCCCCGUCUGGGAAGUCGUCCGUGACUAGCAGCUACGAGGCUGUCAUGCGCUCGGACACACCCUUCUUCCAUGUCGACCUCACCGCUGCUAUUCGUGCUGCGGAGCGUACCGCUGAGCGGGCCAGUGCUAUCGAGGAUGCCACAGCCAUGAUCUAGAGUGGUCGGCAUGCUGUAUGAAUCGAAGGCAUACACUCAAAGCAAUGUUCCCUGGCGCACGGACUCCUUCAUCUAUGUACAUCACCAUCUCUGGUUAUCAUCUUUUAUUCGCAAUCGUUAGAUUAAUUUUCACCGCAUGUUGUAUGUACAGACCUCAACGAAGAUGUAGCAGUCGUCAGUACUUCACUAUCUGUCCGUCCAACACACUGCGUUCGAAAGG